AUGUCUGGUACGGGGACGCUGGACAUGGGAGAUCUCGGAGAUCACACAAGCUGGAUGCUGCUGGGCUGCCUCGGAGCAGAACACCCACUGCUUACACACUCUCUCCAUCUGCUAUCUUCCUGUCGUUCUUCCCUUACCCCUCCCCUUGGACUGGGCAUCCCGUCUCCCUUUCUUUUCAUCUCUGUCGCUUCAAGCGUGUUAUCCUGCUGGCUGCGGGAUUGCAGCAGUAGUUUUAGGCGAAGUACGCUCUCUUGGAGGUUCAACCCUCCCUUUCAAAACUCGCUCAUGUUUUGGUCACGGCGUAGCGCGUCGUGCCUGGUGCUGCUUGCUGCGGCGCUCGUGGGGGUUACUCCAGGAUCCGAAGGCUUCCUUGGUGCACCUCAGUUCGCUGUCGCUGCUGGUCGGUCGGGUAUGACGGGAACAAGGGGUUGCUGCAGAACAACAGGCGCGCGGCAAGGAGGACAAGUGGUAGUCGCAACAAAGAGCGGCGACGGUGAGGCUACAGCGGCAACCGGAGGCGACGUAGUGAGAACCUCUACGGCCACGUCCACCUGCCGUAACUGCAAGCAACAAUUCAACCCAGACGACAACGUGGACGGAUCUUGCUCGUAUCACCCGGGUCUGUUCAGCGGGCGACUGAACCGUAUCAACGACGUCGACACCUCCGGCCUGGAGUACUUCUGGUCUUGCUGCGGAGAGACCGACCCUUCCCACCCGGGGUGCGUCAAGGGGAAACACGCUUCCUACGAUGACCCCCCCGAGGGAGGGGAUGGAGCGUGGAGAUCCCCGCUAACCGGCACCCUUCGGUAGUGGCGGUGCCGCUGGUGAUCACAGCGAGUUUAAACCGGCCGCGCAGCAGUAUAGUACGUAGCCGUGUGCACCACACCCUCUACGGAGGUGGGUCAUUUUUCUCUUGGCCGUCGGCAAUAUGCAUCGAUGAGGUAGGCCACCGUAUGAUAGAAGCGUCGGCCCGGGGCCUGAUAUAUCGGUUGAUUGAUUCAUCAUCAAACUAACGUACGUACGAAGAAGUAUAUUUUAUGCAAUAGUGCUGUGUGUGGUCGCUUGCUUGUCUGGUUGCUCUGUUUGCCUUCAGGUGGGUUGGUUGUUUGGUUGAUUGCGACAAGGGAGGGGGCGGGGAGCUGACCGGUAGACUCUUCUUUCCUAAAGUACAACGCGACCAUCGUUCAGAAAUAGACUAAAUAGUUCGUUCUUUAAGUAUGUCUUCAAGCCAUUGAAGGAGCACGCACUGCACACUUUUCUCGAUACCGGCAAAUUUACUGGACGA